AUGUUACAAGCGCUCAGACAUUCGUCUAGCUAUGCUCAAUCCAAGGUUUUGAGGAAAUAUCCUGUAGGAGCCGUUCUACAUGGUUACGAGGUGAAGCGAGUGCUGCCGGUACCCGAAUUCAAAUUGACGGCGGUUGAUUUGCAGCAUCAGCAGACAGGCUCGCAGCAUUUGCAUAUUGAUAGACAGGAUAACAAUAAUGUUUUUAGUAUCGGAUUCAAGACGAAUCCUCCGGACUCCACCGGAGUUCCUCACAUUUUGGAACACACAACGCUCUGUGGGUCAUACAAGUAUCCAGUGCGUGAUCCAUUCUUUAAGAUGUUGAACAGAUCUCUAGCGAACUUUAUGAAUGCAAUGACAGGCCACGAUUACACUUUCUAUCCUUUUGCUACUACGAAUGAGGCAGACUUCCGCAACUUGAGGGAUGUGUACCUCGAUGCGACAUUGAAUCCGCUAUUGAACCAGCAGGAUUUCUUGCAGGAGGGGUGGAGAUUGGAGCAUUCGGUUGUCGAGGAUCCGAAGAGUGAUAUCGUGUUCAAAGGUGUGGUUUAUAACGAAAUGAAGGGACAAGUCUCGAAUGCAAACUACUAUUUCUGGAUAAAGUUCCAAGAAAGCAUAUAUCCGUCUUUAAACAACUCAGGUGGUGAUCCAACUAAAAUGACAGAUUUGCAAUACCAGGAUCUUAUUGAGUUCCAUCAGCUAAACUAUCAUCCUUCUAAUGCGAAAACAUUUACGUAUGGUAACUUUGACCUUCAAAACACUUUGCAAAGAUUAAAUAAGGAAUUCCAAGGCUAUGGUAAAAGAGUGCCUCGGAAGAAAGAGUUGUUGCCUAUCCAAAUGAACGACGAUGUGGUUGUUGUAACAGAGGGCCAGGUGGACCCAAUGUUGCCACCCAAUAAACAAAUCAAGACAUCCGUAUCAUGGAUUUGUGGUAAACCAGAGGACACUUAUCAAACUUUCUUGUUGAAGAUCUUAGGAAAUUUAUUAUUGGAUGGUCAUUCUUCUCCUUUCUACAAAAAAUUAAUUGAAUCCGGUUUGGCUUAUGAUUUCUCAGUCAACACUGGCGUCGAAUCCCAAACCGCUGCCAACUUCGUUACCAUUGGUGUACAGGGAUGUGCAGAGGUGGACUCUAUCUACGAAACCAUAGACAAAGUAUGGAAAGAAGUUCUUGAACAACCCUUUGAAGGAACCAGAAUUGAGGCUAUUAUCCAACAACUCGAACUCUCCAAAAAAGAUCAAAAAUCCGAUUUCGGUCUACAAUUAUUAUAUUCUGUGUUACCUGGAUGGGUUAAUAAGACAGAUCCGUUUGAUACUUUGCUCUUUGACGAAAUCUUGGAAAGAUUCCAGGAAGACUGGGCAACUAAAGGUGAUAAUCUCCUAAAAGAUUUGAUUAGAGAAUAUAUCAUUGAUAAGCCAGUUUUCAAAUUCACCAUGAAAGGGUCAGAAUCUUUUUCCAAAAAACUUGAAGAAGAGGAAGCACAACGUCUACAGAAAAAGCUAGACGCCUUGGAUGAAGAUGAUAAGGUGGUAAUUUUCGAGCGUGGUAAACAAUUACAAAAGCUUCAGGAUUUGAAAGAAGAUCUAAGCUGCCUUCCAUCGUUGGAUAUCAGUUCAAUUUCGAGAGAAGGUAAAACUUAUCCAUUAAUCGAAAGUUCUAACAUUUUAAACCGUAUUACAGAUACCAACGGGAUCACGUACAUCAGAGCUAAACGUUUGCUCAACCAUCAUAUUCCUAGAGAGCUAUACCCAUUUUUACCUUUGUAUGCAGAUGCUUUGACCAGUCUUGGAACCACCACUGAAGAUUUUUCUGAUAUUGAAGAGCAAAUUAAGCUUCAUACUGGUGGGAUUUCCACGCGCAUUUCUGUUAAUCCAGAUGCUCAGACUGGAAAGCCUAUGCUUCUGUUCCAAUUUGACGGUUGGUCUUUAAACAGUAAAACCGAACAUAUAUUUGCCUUUUGGCAAAAAUUGCUAUGCGAAACAGACUUCCAAAAACAUAAAGGGAAGUUAAAGGUUUUAAUCAGAUCCUUAGCUUCUUCUAACACUGCUUCCGUUGCUGACUCUGGACAUGUAUUUGCAAGAAAUUUCAGUGCAGCCCAUUUAAGCGUCACCAAGGCAAUCAAUGAAAGUUUGAAUGGUAUUGAACAAUUGCAAUUGAUAAACAAACUAUCUCAAAGUUUGGAUGACGACGCUGUGUUUGAAAAAGAAGUUGUGGAAAAAUUAAUGGAACUCCACUCUUAUAUCAAUGGAAGUUCUGAUAUGAAAUUUAUGGUAACCACUGAUUCUCAUCCGCAAGCAAAAAAUGUUGAACAACAGAUUAAUGCAUUCACACAGGUGUUGCCAAAGGAAUCAAGAUCAUCUGAGUUCUACUCGGAAAACUACGCCAUUUUAGAUAAUUCCGGAAAACCAACACUUCUCCAAUUCCCAUUCCAAGUUCACUAUACCGCAAAAUGCUACCCUGGUGUCUCUUACACUCAUCCCGAUGGUGCUAAGCUCCAGAUAUUGUCUAAUAUGCUAACGCAUAAAUACUUACACCGUGAAAUUCGUGAAAAGGGCGGAGCCUAUGGUGGUGGUGCAACAUACAGCGCUUUAGAUGGUACAUUCAGCUUCUACUCGUACAGAGACCCUCAUGCUUUGAACUCUUUGUCUACAUUUGACAAUGUUCCUGAAUUUGUUUUGAAGAACUCGAAAUGGGCCGAAUCCGACUUGAAUGAGGCAAAAUUGAGCAUUUUCCAGCAAGUUGAUUCUCCCAUGAGCGCUAAAAAUGAAGGAACUACCCUAUUCCACUAUGAAGUUACAGACGAAAUGAAACAACGUCGCAGAGAGCAACUUUUGGACGUGAACUUAGAGGAUGUCCGUCAUGUCGCAGAAAAGUAUCUACUUGAAAACAAACAAAAAUCGGUAGCUACCGUUGUUGGUCCUGAAAUACCAAAAUUCGAUGCUGUGGUUCAAACAGUUUAG